GCCUUUACGGGUCUCCUGUGGCGCAGCAGGUAACCGCUGGCUAACUGUGGGCUCGGUUGAAGAUGGCGGCUAAGCAGUUGAGCGGUGUAUUGAGGACGUACAUUGCGGCCGGUAAAGCGAGCCCUUCGCCCCCACUAGGGCCCGCCCUGGGCCAGAGAGGAGUAAACAUUGCUCAGUUCUGUAAGGAAUUCAAUGACAAAACAAAACACAUUAUCCAGGGUGUCCCAAUACCCACCAUCAUUAAAUACAAGGGUGAUAGGACGUUUACCUUUGAGACAACAACACCCACUGUGUCACACUUUUUGAAAUCUGCAGCAGGAAUAGAGAAGGGUGCACAAAAACCUGGACGUGAAGUUGCAGGCACAGUAUCGCUGAAGCAGAUUUAUGAGAUUGCAAAAAUCAAGCACCAGGACAAGGCAUUUAGAAAUGUUCCCUUGAAGAGUGUUUGUAAGACUGUGAUGGGCUCAGCCCAUAGCAUGGGAAUCAAGAUAGAACCAGGGCGUGAUGCUGACUCAUGACCUGAGUUGAUAAUGUUCCUUGAAGAGUGUUUGUAAGACAGGCUCAGCUCCUAGCAUGGAUAUCAAGAUAGGACCAGGGCAUCGUAUUGAAUCCUGACGUAGUGAAGUCCUGAGUAGUCUCCUGUGCAGUCAUCCUUAGUGUCAAUCUCUAAUCCCUCCUCAAGUUCCUGUGUCUCCUGAAGAAAUUUUUUAACUAUUGUACAAGAUGGUUACUAGUAUUAUUCUGCAAGUUUUUGAGCUGUAAGAAAAUUCAUGUAUACGAAGGCCAAAGCUAAAGAAACAUGUGUAGGGCCAGAGCAAGAAACAGACUGUCAUUGAGGCAAAACCCUCUCACUCACUGAAAAGUUGUGACAAGAUUAUUAUAAAUAACUUUCUGAAUCAUGACCUAGGCAUGUGGUUGGUGCAGAUCAUAUGACUAUGGCCCUGAGGUAAAAGUAAGGCAAAUUAAAAAAAGCAAACAUUUUUCACAAGAUGUUGUGAUAAAAUUUCAACAAACACAAA